UUUCUUAAAUAUCAGAAAUACAGAAAACUGUAAUUCUAUUAUUAUUUUAGGUUAAAUUAAUGCCAAAGUCACUAAAAACUGGCAUUUAAAUUUAUUUCAUUAACGUUCCAUUUGUUCAUCCUACAAAAACACAUUUCAUUUAUAAAGAAAGUUAAAACAUCAUUCAGAAAUAUGGCAAAAGAAUCGUUGGACCCUUUUGUUGAGUAUGUAAAAUCGCUAAAAACACAUCUCCCAAUAAAGCCCCACAAAGUCUGUUUUGUUUUGGGCAAUGAAUCAUGCGAUUUAGAUUCAACAAUCUCCUCAUUAUCAUUGGCCUAUUUUCUAAAUAAAACCAAUACAAAUCAAAAUUUAGUUCUCCCAUUAUUAAAUGUGCUGGAAAAUGAGUUUCCCUUACGUACUGAAAACAUUUAUGUUCUUAACAAAUGUGAUAUAAAGGAAAAUUAUUUAAUCUAUAAAGAUACUAUCAAUUUAAAUGAAUUAAAACAGGACAAAGAACUUGAAAUAAUUUUAGUUGAUCAUCAUGUUUUAUCUAAACAUUUUGAAUUUCUAAAAAAUAAUGUGAAAAGAAUUUUUGAUCACCGCCCUUUAGAUCCUAAAGCUAAUUGGGAUAAAGAUAUUAUUAUUGAUAUGAGAACAGUAGGAUCUUGUACCACUUUAAUUGCUAAUGAAAUAUUAAAGAACGAUAUUUCUGCCUUAAGUCCAACUGUUGCAAAGUGUCUUUAUGAAACAAUAAUCUUUGAUACAAUUGGUUUAAAAGAAGAUGCAGGAAAAGUAAAACAAUUAGAUUUAGAAAUAUCUCAUAAACUUGAAUCUCAUUUAAAAAUCAAAUCGAAUCCAGCAAAAUUAUUUGAUGAAUUAUGGUCAGCUCACAUCGACGUUUCAAAGCUUUCCCCAAAACAACUUUUAGCAAAAGAUUUAAAAAUACUAAAUAAUGUCUUAAUACCUGGCUUACCAAUGUUGGUGAAAAAAUAUUUAAAUCAAACUGAAGUUUUGAAACACAUACGAGAUUUUUGUGAUGAAAGGCAAUGUGAUCAUAUUAUUUUAAUGGGUUUAGACGCACAAGGUACUGAAGUUAAACGAGAUAUCGCCUUUUAUUCGAUUUGCCAAACAAGUAAACUGUUAAGUGAUAUUAUUAAAAUACUGAAAGAUUAUGAAGAUUUAGAAAUGAAAGAGGAAUGUUGUGAUGUUGAUGAUAUUAGGUAUUUUAGGCAUAAUCUUAAGAUUUCUAGAAAACAAAUUAUGCCAAAAAUACAAGAAGUUUUGGAAAAAUUGAAUUAAAUUUGUUUUUUGUUAAUAAAUUGUACAACCUGAAAACAA